GCAUCGAUCGCACAUUUUGUUUUUAAAUCCUGACAGAUAUUUUUUACACCCGAAUGAAUUUGUUACAACAAACGUAUUGUUAUAAAAAAACUUGUUGUAUUUGAUAUUGUGAUUAUGUAUUUUAGAAUAAUUCGAGCGAAUCAACACAUUUUGAUUGGGUUUUGCAGACAUGAGAGACUAAACCCAAUACGCGUAUCUCCCGGGCUGCUAGACAUGGUCUGUCACAAGUCUGGCGGUGGCGGCGGCGGCCACCAGAUCAAGUACAUGCCGUACGUGCCCCUGUGUGACCAGGACCACGACCACAAGAACAUGAGCCUCAAGAGGCCGAUGUCUCCGCACCUCACAGUGUACGCGCCCACCCUGCCCGCCAUGACCUCGAUAGCGCAGCGAGCGACCGGGUCGAUCCUAACGUUCUACGCGUUGAGUUUGGCCUGCGGCUCGCUGUUCCUGUCCAACGGCGUCGAGACCUACGUGUCCAUGAUCCAGAGCCUCAACCUCGGCAGGAUGACGGUACUCGUCCUCAAGAUCAUCCUCGGAGCACCUUUCGCCUUCCAUUAUUUCAACGGCAUUCGAUACGUCAUUUGGAACACGGGAAGAAUGUUAGAAAUGAAACAAGUUUACGACACCAGCAAAAAAGCCAUGGUGGCCGCCGCCAUAAUGACAGCGUUCUUUGCUUUCAUCUAGGCAACACUAAUGUUCUAACAUCUGUAUUGUAGCUCUUAAAGCAGAGUUGAUGCCUUUGAAGAAGCGAGAUGACGAUAUUUGCAGUUUAGAGCUCUCUCACGCUUCGACGACGGCAGCUGUCCUGCAUUAAGAGCUAGUACAGACACUAGUACUAAAACAUUUCCUAAAACAUAUUUUUUUUGUAAUGUAACUUACGAUUACGAAAAUAUUAGUGUUUGUGAAACUGUUUAUGCUUUUCAUAAUCAAACAAUUGAUAUGUAACUAUUUGUUGAUAACCUGAAACUGUAUAUCGCUAAUUAUGACAAAGCAAAAUAGUUUUAAGACCGGUAACGUAGGUUGUAGGGGUUUUAAAGAGACGGAAAUUUUGACUACAUUAUUUUUACAUCAUAUUAAAAUAAUAGUUUGGCAGGCAUUAGGAUAUAUUUUUCAAAAUUGCCUGUAAUUUUAACAGAAAAAACUGAUAAAUAAUGAUAGUGAUUUAUGCUAUAAUUAAUUUGGAAACUAUUUUUUAAUUCAAAUAUAAUGUAAAUGAAUAAUAAACUGUCUCAAGUAUUUAUCUA